AUGUCAGCUAGAAAUAUCAACCCUCGAAAGGUUCAGGCCCUGAAGCAUAUCCACAAUCUCAUCAACUGCUUGGUGAACAUCAAAGAUGAGACCGGAGAGUUCCUCAUGACCUUGGAAGAUGGAAGGGUCAUCGAUACGAAAGGAUGGAACGAUUGGGAGUGGACACAUGGCGUUGGACUUUACGGACUUUGGAAAUUUCACGAGAUCACCGGUGAUCAGGAGGCCCUGGAUAUUUCCCUAGCAUGGUUUAAAGACCGCUUCGAAAUUGGAACUACCAAAAAUGUUAAUACCAUGUCUCCAUUGUUGACCGCCGCGUAUCUUCAUGAAGGGAAGUACGCCAGUUACCUUGCUCACCUGGACUCUUGGGCAGAAUGGGUGAUGUACGAGAUGCCCAGAACAGAAGACGGCGGUCUACAGCAUAUCACGUAUCUUGUUGACAACUACCAGCAACUCUGGGACGAUACACUGAUGAUGUCCGUCUUGCCUUUGGCGAAGAUCGGUCUUGUACUGGGUCGACCUGCCUAUGUUGAAGAGGCUAAGCGCCAGUUCCUGCUACAUAUCAAGUACCUGCAAGACGUGCAAACUGGACUCUGGUUUCACGGGUGGACCUUUGAUGGACGACACCAUUUUGGGCGGGCGAGAUGGGGCAGGGGAAACUGCUGGGUAACAGUGGCCAUUCCGGACUUUGUCGAGAUGCUUCAAUUGCCUGAAACAGACGGUGUCCGGAUGUUCCUGGUCUCCUCCCUUGUCGCCCAGAUCGAUUCAUUGGUGAAGUACCAAGACCCCACGACCGGCCUUUGGCAUACUAUUCUUGACGAUCCGACGUCGUAUUUGGAGGCAUCUUGCACGGCCGGAUUCGCGUACGGAAUCAUGAAGGCCCUCAGGUUGAGACUGAUUCCAAAGGAAGAAAGAUAUAUCAAUACUGCGAAGAAGGCGAUUCAAGCAGUGCUGGAUAACAUCACUGAAGCUGGCGAGUUGAAGUUGGUGUCGUUUGGAACUCCUGUGUUCGACAAUAUCGAAGGGUACAAGCAGAUACCACUCACGAGUAUGCCAUAUGGACAAAGCCUGGCGCUCUUGGCGAUGACAGAAUACCUUAGAACUUUCCUAUAAGUAGUUGCCUGUUGUCGAAAACCAAUGAUGAAAGAAACGUGGAAGUUGUUAAAGACGAUCACUUACG